UCUGCGCUUUUUUUGGCCGAGGAAAAGUUAAUAUCGUCAGAGUUAAUAUCAUGGAUGGAGAAGGAGAAGCACGUCAAAAUUUUAAAUCUCUCCAAGUUGUCAAACGCCCGGCCAAAUGUGUUUCUCCUUAUAAGGAUGGCUGUUGGUCUUGGUUGGUGUGUCUUGCUGCUGUUGUCUCAAACGUGUUAAUUUGUGGAUUUACCUUCAGUUAUGGCAUUCUAUUUCCUGCCAUCUUGGACGAGUUUAAACAAGGGAAAGCUAAAUCAGCUUGGGUUGGAUCAAUCGCUAUGAUGGGUAUAGGCAUUUAUGGUCCACUGAUCGCAAGGUUGUAUUUUCGCUUUGGUGCUCGACUUGUCUCAUUUGUCGGAGCCCUAAUCUGCGUAUUUAGUCUAGCUGUUACCUCUAAAGUGACAAACCUGUACUUGAUGUAUUUAACCUACGGAUUACUGUUCGGUUUUGGCUCUGGCGGCAUCUACCUGGUGACCUACAUAGUUGUGCCAAGAUACUUCAUAAAAUGGCGCUCUCUUAGUUUGGGUCUCAUAGCUAUGGGGCCCGGUGGAGGGAUGUUUAUCAUGAGCCCUGUUGUGCAUGAGUUGUUCGUAAGAUUUGGAUGGAGAGGAACAUUUUUAGCAAUGGCUGGUAUUGUCUCCGUAACUUGUAUUCUAGCUUUGGUUUAUAAGCCAAUUAUGAUAGAUUCUGAUGUGGAAGACGAGAAUAGUGAGUCAGCAAAGGAUGAUAAAUUCUGGGAUGUUACGAUCCUCAAGCACAAAGUGUUUGUCCUUAUAACAGUUGCUGGGUUUGUGUACUACCUUGGCCACUAUACUCCAGCUGUACAUAUAGUUCGUUUUUUGGAAGGCAAAGGAGUCCCAGAGGCUAAAGCCGCACGCUUGUACAUCUACAGUGGUCUAGCUUCCUUGCUAAUCCGACCGGUGAUUGGUCGACUGAACGACGUCACUUGGAUCAAUAUGUUCUAUAUCUAUUCAAUAGCCACAGGUGUUGAGUGUGUGGUUACCUUCCUGUUACCUUUCGUAAUCACAAACAUUAGCCUUGUUAUAUACUUUGUGGUGUUUGGAUUGGCUGAUGGUGCAAUGGGUUGUGGUUUGCCCAUUGGUGUGAUAAACAGUCUUCCAGAGAAAAUGAGACCAUUGGGGAUCGGGGCUUACAACUGCCUCAGUUGUUUUUCCUCAGCUUGUGGUCCGGCUCUUGGAGGUAAAGUAUAAUU